CAAACCAAUUGGGUCAAAUUUGCAUAUCCACAUUCAUAUUCACCAUGUAAUAGAACUCAGAAAAACCUCACAACAAACUUUGAUUAAAAUUGAAGUUGGUUAAAAUCUAAAAAUGGUAUCUUCCCAUCUCCUCCCACAGUUAUUUUCCCUCCACAAUCCCAAAAUCAAUUCAUCACAAACCCUAACAAUCAAUUACAAACCCAUAUUUAAAACCCCUAAAGUUUCAAUCUUUAGCAAUACCCAUAUCCCUAAAACCCAUUUACACACCUUUAUUUGUCACGGGCUUAAAGAUUCAUCAACUAAAGUGGGUUUAGAUUUAGAUAGUGGCAGUGGUGGUGGUGGCGGCGGCGGCGGAGACGGUGGUGGUGACGGCAAUGGGGAAAAGAAAGAUGGGUUUUUGCCAGAUUGGGUUGAUUUCACUUCUGAUGAUGCGAAAACGGUUUUCGCAGCGCUUGCGGUUUCGCUUGCGUUUAGAAUGUUUAUUGCUGAACCAAGAUUUAUUCCUUCUUUGUCUAUGUAUCCUACAUUUGAUGUUGGAGAUAGACUUGUUGCUGAAAAGGUUAGUUACUAUUUUAGAGAGCCAUGCCCAAAUGAUAUAGUGAUCUUUAAAAGUCCUCCCGUCCUCCAAGAGGUAGGAUACACUGACGAUGAUGUCUUCAUUAAAAGAGUUGUUGCAAAAGCGGGAGAUUUAGUUGAGGUACAUGACGGGAAGCUAAUAGUGAACGGGGUAGCUAGAAACGAAGACUUCACUAAUGAAGCUCCUAAAUAUGAAAUGACCCCAGUUCGUGUACCAGAUAAGUAUGUGUUUGUAAUGGGUGACAAUCGUAAUAACAGCUAUGAUUCACAUGUUUGGGGACCCUUGCCUUUGAAAAACAUUAUUGGGAGAUCAGUAUUUCGAUAUUGGCCACCAGCAAGGAUCGGUGGCACAAUUCUGCCUGGUGGCUGUGCUGUGGACAAGUCAGAAAACGUCAGCAGUAGUUUAAAAUCUCAACCAGAUUCGAGUACUUUAGCAUCUCAAUAGGCAUUUAAGGGCUUAAAUCAUUUUGAUUAUCAACAGGUUCUUAGAUCAUUCUUAAGUUCUUAUUUGUUCAUCUUUACACAGCAAUUAUGUACCAUUUGUGUAUAUCAUUUUCAUCUUCAUCAUAUACGACAGGGUUUUCAUUGUGCGUUA